AUGGAGAUGCUUGAAGAAUUGUGCAUUCUUGAGAGUCGCAGAGAGAAUAAAGGUGAAGAAAGGUUGCAGGUGGAUGAAGGUGGUAAUGCUCAAAAUUUCAUUGCAUUAGAAAAUUUCAGCAUUCUAUCAGCAUUUACAAUAUGCGGUUUCACUGAACAUGAGAUUUACGACGACUCCAUCAACAUAGCUUGUAACAUGGUGGCAGUAGGAAAUCAAGCUAGCAUAAGCAAGAGUGGACAAAAAUUAGAAUUUUCUUGGAACAUUAGGAAGACUUGA